GUCUUUUGUGCAGAUCUGCCCUGAUCAGCUGUAUAAACAACGCGCUAUAACAUUAUUUGUGUGACUAAUCUCAUAUAUCUGUGGCAUGGAAGCUCAAAAUGAGGCUCGAAGCAAGGUGUUUAAUGAUCCCAUCCACGGGCAUGUGGAGUUGGACCCACUUCUCAUCAAAAUCAUUGACACCCCUCAGUUCCAGAGACUUCGAAACAUCAAGCAGCUUGGAGGGGGCUACUUUGUUUACCCAGGAGCAUCCCACAACCGCUUUGAACACUCCAUUGGAGUCGGGUACUUAGCAGGACAGCUUGUAGAAGCUCUGCAGACAAGGCAGCCGGAACUUAAUAUCGAUGAAAGAGACAUCCUUUGCGUGAAGAUAGCUGGUCUUUGCCAUGACCUGGGACAUGGGCCCUUUUCCCAUCUGUUUGAUCAAGCAUUCAUCCCCAAAGCACGUCCAGGAGUGGAGUGGAAGCAUGAGAUGGCCUCCUUAGACAUGUUUGACCACCUGCUGGAGCAGAACAGCUUGGUGCUGCCGCCUGAGGAUGUGAGGUUCAUCAAGGAGAUGAUUGUACCUCAGGACACUGAGGACAGUGAAGGCCGGAAUCUACCGUGGAGAUAUGAAGGUCGGACAGAGGACAAGUCCUUCCUUUAUGAAAUUGUGGCCAACAAAAGAAAUGGUGUUGAUGUGGACAAGUUUGACUACUUUGCAAGGGACUGCCACCACCUGGGAAUCCAGAACAACUUUGACCAUCGCCGCUUUCUACAGUUUGCCAGGGUGUGUGAGGUGGACGGGCGGAGGCACAUCUGCACUAGAGACAAGGAGGAGGACAAUAUGUAUGAAAUGUUCCACACAAGGAUGAGUCUCCACAAAAGCGCGUACCAGCACAAAGUGAACAAGAUCAUAGAGACAAUGAUCACAGAGGCCUUUUUAAAGGCAGACGAGCACAUCCAGAUUGCAGGCUCAGGAGGGAAGAUGUUAACUCUCUCUACAGCCAUAGAUGACAUGGAGGCCUACACCAAGCUGACAGAUCAUGUGUUUGAACAAAUACUCAACUCUUCCUCCCCCCAGCUGGAUGAGGCGAGGCAGAUUCUACGCAAGAUUGUCACUCGAGACCUCUACAAGUUUCUGGGAGAAACUGAGAAUCCCGCCCAGGAGAUGAUUCCCCUUUGGAAGGAGGAAUUGGCUCAAGAGCUCCUUCAGAGUAGAGAAGGUCUGACACCAGAGGACUUUGAAGUCCAGAAAGUUACAAUAGACUAUGGAAAGAGAGAUAGGAACCCCGUGGAGUACAUAUAUUUCUACAGCAAGUAUGACCCUACCGAGGCAUUCAAGAUGAAGGUGUCUGAGUUUCGCCGAAAGUACUUUUCUGAGCAAACAUUCAGGUUUUACUGUAAGAAGACCGACGACAACACUCUGAAGGCUGACAAGGAGCAUUUUGACCAGUGGUGCCGAAGAAAAGGGUUUUCCAAAGCAUCAGGCAGGAUGGAACCACAGUAAUAAUUCAUCUAAAGUUUUGGAAGCUGGAGAUCAAAACUGAAAAAAAGAGAGCAAACACUUCUUGCUUCAUUAUGAUUGAAAAUUAUUGAAAUGUUCUAUAAAAGGUCUGUUCUACUCUAAAGUACUUGACACAAUUUUACUCCAAAACACAUAUAAAUUAUAAAUUACUUAUACUUUAUUAAAUAAGGAUGCAUUGUUACAUAUUCAGGCCUUGUACUCAGUUUUUAGAGCCCUUUUCAAUAUCUUUUUUUUUGUUUGAUCAUUUUAAAUCAGCUUUAUUUUAGACUCCUUUGUGUUGUGUAAGUUACAUUACAGUUUAAUACCAUGUUUGUACCAAAAGCAUACCAUUAUUUACUUCUGUUGUGAAAAAUCAAUCAUGGUUACUUAAAAUAUCAAUUUCUGAAACUGAAUAUGUAUACAGCAUGUUUCAGAGUCACAUUUAUGCUUUUUGUUGUGUUCUAUUCCUUAUGACCAGGGCAAGAUGUAAAGCACUACCAGGAUGUGUAAUGAAGUCUGAUCUCAUUUGAAGUGAACUUUUAAUAUGUGGUUAAGGGAUUUUAAAUAUUUAGUGGUGGUAAGUGUUUAUGUUAAUCAAGUGAAUUCAUGUGGACAGAUAUUAUUUUGACUUUGAGUGAUGUUUGAUUAGAGGUUGUUUUGGUGCUGGUUGUCCUUCCAACUUGGUUGUUUUCUUGAAUCUUUUCUCACAUGAAGGAUUUAUUCAUUAUUCACUGUUUUUAAAUAUAAUUUUUAAAUGUCCAUUUUAUUGGUGGCAGCUUUUGUUUUAUUUGGUUUGUUCGUCUUAUUUUGAACAAUUCUACCUUUUGAAAACUGGCUCUUUGGAAAAACUUUGAAUUUAUCUGUAUGAAAUAAUAAUUUACUAAUAUAAUAACUUUCAUUAUUUCUCACUGUACUUAUACUAUAUAGCUCAACUUGCCUGUUGCUUGAUGUAGCCAUCUCCAUGUGGUUAAGACACCUUUUGUGUAUUGUUGUGUUUUGCUGCCUGUGUGAAAAUUAAUUGUGUUCUUAUAUGUAAUGGGGCUAUAAAGGGAAACCUAGCAAAGGUUAUUAGAACCUCUCAACUUUAUUCCUAUUAAGACAAGUUGAUAAAAGAUUGUGCCUCCUGUAUUUGAAAUAAAGCUCUUUUUCUCUUU